UAUAGACAAUCAGGAGUUAAAACGAGUUGUAGAAGAAGACAAGGUGUUCAUAAACUGCCUGGAAGUCUUGAAGUCCGGUUAUUUUCUGAUCCUUCCAUCAUGGCAGACCAAGUGGAUUUAGUUAACCGGGACCCUAACAAUAUCAACGCUCACCUCAAGGCCACCUUCGAGGAUGUGUUUGCCGAGCCGGAUGGUACCCACUCCAUCGACUGUGUUUGGAAGCUCGCGUUCACAUGCUUCAACAUGUGCAAAGGUUUCUGGUACAAGCUGUUGACCCUCUUCUGCGGUUGCUGCAUGGCCUGCGAGUGGGGCUUUAUUUUUGCCAUUGAGAUCUUCAACCAGGUGUGGAUACUUACCCCGCACCUGCGUCUGCUGUCCAUCCAGUGCGCUCCCAUACAGAAGCUCUGGACCAUCUACCUUCAGUGCUGUGUCGGGCCAUGCUGUGACGCAUGUGGCAUGAUUCUCAACAACGUUAGAGUCACACACGUCAAAUAGACUGCCCCUUCACACAAACUGCCUUUAAGAUUUACUGUGCUAUACUGCGGAACGAUAUGAACAUCUGGACAAUAACUUAACAUCCCAGGAAUAUGAAAUUGGACUGACAUAACUGAGAUAUAUAUAUUUUUUUAAAUAAAGUAUUACUCUGUAUAUAACUUAUCCUACGACAUCUUGUAAUUUGCAUAUUUGUUUUAGUAUUAACAUUUGAAAUACUUGAUUAUCGUUGUUUUAUACCCUUUUCAUUAAACUAUCUGACCAGUU